AUGAUUCCCGUAUACAUCAACUUAACGUACUAUUUACCGAAUGAUCCAUCGAUUGUGAAGCAACUGAAUUUAGCUCCAGAUAUAAGGGAGGAUUAUGCUGAACUUUUUCAAAUCACUUUGUGGACUAGCAUUGUCUUGAUCCUUGUUGUAUGGGGUGUUUCUUGGGGUAUUUGGAAUAUGGAUCCCGGUCGAGAUGGGAUUAUCUAUCGAGGUACAUUGGCAAGACCAAAACAAGAUUAAAGUUAUGCAAUUCAUAUGACAAGAAAAGGUGGGACUGUUGGAACAAAACAUUGCAUAAUUUAAUAUAUUUAUCAAAUGAUUUACCUGUCUUUUAUCUGUAUUCAUUAAACCGAUAGCCCUUUUGGUUUGUUGAGAAAUAUUUUACAAAUUAUUAAACCUCAUUGAAUGAAUGAACUGUUUAUUUUUAUUAUCAUGCAACGUUUACAGGAGUCUAUCAUCAAUUACAUAAAAGGAAAAAUAUCGAGACAUUUGGCAUGUUGUUAUCCGUGUGUUCUUAGACCUUCAUUUAAUUACUUCUCUAUCAUUAAAUUUGUAGUAAAUAUAGUAUCAACAUUACUUUAGUAUUUCUUGAUAAUACGAUUGUUUGAUUUCUAGUGAAAUGAUCUGAAAGCUUUACUACACUCACUAAUUUCUCUGUUGAGAAUUAAACAACUAUUCACUAAAACGAUGUUGCAUCCUGUAGGAUUGAUUUGUUAUCGCCACAUCAUGCACUGUUUACAACGAUAACAAUUGGUCCUUUAUGUUGAAAACCAAGUAGUUAUAUAAAUAAUGUUGACAUUAAUUAAGCGCGAUUUGAUCUGAAAGUACCAAAAACUCAUGCAUUUACUAGUGUUUUGCUCCCGGAAAACAUCUUCUACCAUGACUUGGUGGUUGGUUUGCAUUUCACUGUCCUUUCCCAUAGGACGAGAUAGGAAUGGUACGCAUUGAAAUUAGCCUCUGCAGUUCAAUCCCAC